GCGGGGCGGGGCUAAAGGCCGUUUCAGCCGGAGCUCCGCUUCACGUCUAAUGGUGGCCGGGCCGGGGCGGGCGGCUGCGGCGCUGCGGAUCCCCCCGGAGAGCGCCGCUCCCUCCGUCCCGCCCCGCCAUGGCCCCCGGGUGGCUCGGCCGCCUCUGCCUGCUGCUGCUCUGCCUCUGCGGGGAGGCCGCCGCCGGGAGGGAUUUCUACAAAAUCCUCGGGGUGUCCCGCGGCGCCUCCAUCAAGGACAUCAAAAAGGCCUACCGGAAACUGGCGCUGCAGCUCCACCCCGACAGGAACCCCGACGACCCUCGGGCACAAGAGAAGUUCCAGGACCUGGGGGCUGCCUAUGAGGUGCUGUCGGAUGAGGAGAAGAGGAAGCAGUAUGAUGCAUAUGGCGAGGAGGGAUUGAAGGAUGGGCACCAGAGCUCCCAUGGAGACAUCUUCUCACACUUCUUUGGGGACUUUGGAUUCAUGUUUGGAGGUAACCCUCGCCAACAAGACAGGAACAUUCCCCGAGGAAGCGACAUCAUCGUGGACCUGGAGGUUACACUGGAGGAAGUGUAUUCAGGAAACUUUGUAGAAGUUGUCAGGAACAAGCCAGUGGCAAGACAGGCACCUGGCAAGCGGAAAUGCAAUUGCCGGCAGGAGAUGAGGACCACCCAGCUGGGUCCUGGACGUUUCCAAAUGACUCAAGAAGUUGUUUGUGAUGAAUGUCCAAACGUCAAGCUUGUGAAUGAGGAGCGGACGCUAGAAGUGGAGAUAGAGCCAGGUGUGAGGGAUGGCAUGGAGUAUCCCUUCAUCGGGGAAGGUGAGCCCCAUGUGGAUGGGGAGCCAGGUGAUUUGCGUUUCCGAAUAAAAGUUCUUAAGCACCCAGUCUUUGAAAGAAGAGGAGAUGACUUGUAUACAAACGUGACAAUCUCGCUGGUCGAGGCACUUACAGGCUUUGAAAUGGAUAUCGCUCACUUGGAUGGGCACAAGGUUCACGUUGCUCGGGAUAAAAUUACAAAACCCGGGGCCAAACUGUGGAAGAAAGGAGAAGGUCUUCCAAAUUUUGAUAACAAUAAUAUCAAAGGCUCACUAAUAAUAACGUUUGACGUGGAGUUCCCCAAAGAGCAACUGACAGCUGAACAGCGGGAAGGUCUCAAACAGCUGCUGAAACAAGGAUCGGUGCAGAAGGUGUACAAUGGAUUGCAGGGAUAUUGAUGUGUGGAAAAAUUGGACUUAACUGAAAAUGAAAAGUCAGAUUUGUUUGCAGUCUUUUCUCCUGCCCACUGUGGAGUGGAAAAGAGGGGGGGGUGGGGCAAUUGUUGAGGUAUAUACAGUUUUGUUCUUUGUAAAUGGUGGAAAUGCUCAGACGAGUUGGGGGAAAUACUACCCUUUUCAGGACAUAACUGGUGCUGCCUAUCAUGUUCCAUGUCCUGGAACAACAAAGACUCCUUGAGCAGGAAAAAAAAAAAGGUGGGGAAAGGCGUCUUAAAUUCCAUGCAGAUUGGAAUUUCUGGUUUUUAAAUAUAUUUUGAUGUGACUUUUCUUGACCAUCUCAACAUAUUUUCAUAGCUUCUCCUGCUUUUUAUGUCCUUUGUGUCAGUCUCUUCCAAGUUUGUUUUGGGUUUUUUUUUUUUUUUGUUUGUUUUUUUUUUUUUUUAAAUCCCAGCCCUUCCUCCCAUUCCCCACUGAGCCCAGAGUCUGUGUUUCUGGGGCAGGAGUACAAAUGCUGCUGGGAGUGGACUGGCAGAGGAGCCUCUCUGGGUCCCCACACGUGGUUGGAAAAGUCUCUUAAGGCUCCUGUGGACUCCUAACUACCAAGUAGUCCUCUCGUCCUAAAAGUUUAAUGCUUGGUUUUAAAGUUGAAGUCGCAACAGCUUAUCAAAGACUCCUCAGAGUUUCAUGGUGGGCUUUUGAAAAAUAAGGGGAGUGGCUCCUCGUGGCCUUGGUUCUUCUUCGUCGCCCCUAAAUGUAACCCAACAACUUGUCUGGAAAAGUUCACUUACCUCCUGCACUCUGUCCUCUGUGAGGACGGGUGAAGCUAACAGCACAGAAAUAAAGAUGUUUGAGUUGGAAUGGCAAAAA